GCUCACUGCAACCUCCGCCUCCAGGGUUUCCGCCAUUCUCCUGCCUCAGCCUCCCGAGUAGCUGGGACUACAGGCACCCGCCAUCACAUCCGGCUAAUUUUUUUGUAUUUUUAGUAGAGACAGGGUUUCACCGUGUUAGCCAGGAUGGUCUCGAUCUCCUGACCUCGUGAUCCGCCCGCCUCAGCCUCCUCAAGUGCUGGGAUUACAGGCGUGAGCCACCGCGCCCGGCCGGUACUCCGAAGCCGUCAGAUCGGCGACCUGAGCGCUGUAGCCAUCGAGAAAAUGCAGGCACCGAGCCAGGAGCAGUGCCGCAACCAAGAGAUCUCAGCUUGGCGACAUGGCUGCGUCUGGAGCCUGCGAGGGACGCCAGCCGGUGGGGUUGUCAAGGAGAACAUUCUUUACGUCUCAGCCAACGGCACUGUCACCAAGAAACCGUCGUCUCUGAGAAAAAAAGGGACGUUUGGCAGCCGAGAAAGUCUGUACAAGUGCUGUGACAGAAAGACCGCCGGCUCCACGCAGCUGGCAAAAGUCAACGUGAACGCCGGGUGCUGCGACCAUGACCCCGGCACUGGAGGACGUGGGAUGGAGAAUGGGACACACGGAGCAAGAAGGGAAUCGUUUCAUUCAGACCAACUAGUGUCGCCGCCACCAGAAAACUGACCGGCCAGUGCUGCCAAUGAAGUGAGUGUGAGAAACCGAUGAUUGGUGGGAGGAGCAGCACUGGGCGCUGGACCCGCUAGUGUGAGAAUCUGGCGGCGCUAGGACCUUUCAAGCACGGGCACGAGGCGAAAGCCAGCGCUGUUGCCAAAGACAAAUGCCCGUUCUUUUGGGCACCAUCAACGGUGCAGCCAGCGGUCACUCCCAGGCUCUGAGAAACUGGAGAUGUCAGCCACAAACCCUCCGUUCAGGGAAAGGUGCGGCGCCGUGACGGAUCGACUGGCACUGGGUGGAACAUUCUGUUGUGGCCUAGUGACUAGAACAUAAAAACGAAAACGGAACACAAAACUACUGCUGGCAUUACUCCUACUCUCCCCGCUCAAGUCAGUGGCUUCAGGGUUACGAAAACCUGUAUUUUUCUUGGCUGUGCCAUGAUCCGUAAUUACUGAGGGCCCCAGCGACCCACCCAGUGUGAUUCGCAGAAGGAAAUGAGCUGGAAUAAGGACCGUGAAUGGGGCGGAUGUGGUUCUUCCUGGCAGAGAGCCAAAGCUGUGCAGGUGGCAAACAGCUUUACACUGCAGGAAACUGCUCUUCCAAUGGCCGUGGCUGGGUCCUUCCACACCAUCCCUCUGCUCUAGACCUUUGUCCCCCUUCAGAGCCAUCAGAGAUUCUAGGGGAACCAUCGACAACCGCAUCUCUUCGAAACUUGGAAACUCUAGGUCCAAGAUCUCCGUGGAGAAUGAAAGGCACAGUGUCGCCUGACCCAGGCAUCAGGCUUGCCCCGCACAAGUCCCUCCCCUACUGGAUGGAACUCUGUGGCAAUCGCUCCUUAUUCUGAUGGUUCACUCUGUCAGAUAUCCUUUAUAUUUGGGGAUAGUAGUUCAAAAACAGCCGGGGAGAAAAAUGGGCUGAAAGACUCCAGCGUUGGAUGUAGAAUUGACAGCGAGACAUACACCUCCUCUCUUAGCCCAGAGAAAAGCUCAAGUUGUGGUUCUCUGUCUCUAGCAGCAUGAUCUUCAAAAUGCAUCAUUGAUUUCUUUCUGUCUUCUGGAAAAGGCAAUGCAGAUGUACUUGUAAGUGCUCAAAUCCUCCAUCUCCUCAUUUUCAAUCAGACUGAGGCCUAUUUUUUUUUUUAUGUGAGAAGAAAUAUGGAACUGCCACUGCUCAGUAGGACAAUGUCCUUUCCCACAAGCAUUUAUAUUUUAAUAAAAAAUCUGCACUUUGUGAGUUAAGCCCUCUCAAAGAGACCUACAGACUCUGCCACGAGCAUCUCCAUCCACACUCAUCGCCCAUUUUCACCACUGCUGCUCCGGUGCAAACCAAACUAUCCUUUCCCUGGGGGAUCCUAGGUAGAGACCAUGCCAGGACAAAGGAAGAGAUAUGCCCUGCCUGAUAAGGAAAUCCAUUUUGGCCUUGUAAUUCUCACCCUCUCUCAAGAUAUUUGCCUCAAUAUCUCCUUACCCCAUCUUUAGCUAGCCAAAACAUUCACUGGUAUUUGAGGCCCUUCCAAUUCCCUCCUGGUUUUGUGGAUGGGAGAAUAAAGAAAAAACUGCACUGUUCCCACCCACAUAGUUACAGCUACUUUAUCAAAUAGAAGAGCAGUCUGGAGCCAUUGCAAAGCAAAAUACCUGCCGUAACUCCUCUCUUCUUAUUGAUUCCAGCUUUUCAUCUUAGCAAAAAAGUUGCAAUCAGCACCCCCUAGAUGGAAGGAAUAACCUGUCUUAAUGGGAGUCCGUAGGAGGCUGCAGGCUGCUCCCCUACAGAGACUGACAUCAAGGUAGUUGCAGAAUUCAGAUUCUAAUUCCAGUGUGGUUGGAGGCGGGGUGGAUUCCAGGGAGGUCAGGAAGAGGUGAAGUACAGAAUUGAGCUCCUUUGGAGAAGGUCAUAGGAACUUUGCAGUAUGACAAUGGCUGGAUAUUGGGUAGAAUUGGAGCAGGCUGGCAAUGGCAGUUUCGUGUGGGUGGUAGGACCUAGGAUUCAAACUUGAGGGCAAGUUGUGGAGCACAUACGACAAAUGAUGUAGAGCCUUUCCUAUUUCCCUUCCUGGUGUGUCAUCCAAAACAAUAAAUAAUAAAGAAUUAAGAAAGACUGA